AAAUAAAGAAAAAAGAAGAUAGGAAAUGCAUGGGAUAACGAAGAAAGGCAUGACCAAGAGAAUCUCUGAAAUGGUCCAAGAAGUAACCAUAAAGAGAAGACCACCCAUCGAUUUGUCCGCCAACUGAUCACCAUCACCAUCACCACCACCAUUCUUGGGCUGAUUCACGAUUCACCCAAUUCAGCCUCCGAUGCUGACUCUUGGGCUGAUUCCACCCUCAUGACUUUCGCUCCCGCCUUCAGCUUUCUCACCGAACUCGGAUGCGGCUACGUCCUCCUCUCCUGCUUCUCGCGCCUCCUCAACCUCCUCGGCAUGUUCCUCAUGCUCACCUUCUGCAUUAAGUUUCUCCGCUUCGCUUGGCACGCCAAGAACCACUUUCGCUUCUUCUGCGAUUCCGGUGGCAUCCCCAGAUACCGUAUCAUCCUCGAUUACGACACUCUUCCAGAACCUCCCAAGUCCAAGGUCGCCGAAAUUGACCCUGCCAAAUCCCCUUCCAUCACCGGCCUUUCCCCCUCCAAGAGAGGCAGUCGAGGCAACGCCUAUUCCGAAGAGGCAUCCGACACCGAGAGCUUGAUUGUUGAUGAGGACGACGUGUUCGACGUAAUCUCUCUCAGGAGAUUGGUCAAGAUGGAGCGCCGCAAGGCCAAUGUCGCCUGGUCCGACCUCGAGAAGGAGCGCACUGCGGCUGCCUCCUCCGCCGAGGAGGCCAUGGCCAUGAUCCUCCGCCUCCAGAACGAGAAGAGCUCUGCCGAGAUCGAAUCCAACCAGUUCCGGAGAAUGGCGGAUGAGAGGCAGGGGUACGAACAGGAAUUGAUUGAGGAGCUGCAGUGGACGAUCAACCAGCAUGAGAUUCAGAAGAACAUUCUCGAAGAUCAGAUGGGAGUUUACAAGGAGGAGCUGAAGCUAUACAUCACCGAAGAGGAGCUAAGGGAGCUUGAGCGGCAGCUUGAGGUUGAGUUUGGUUUCGAUAAUGAUGAUGUUGGACCACCCCAUGACAUAUACGAGCAUGAAGCUGAAGGUGAUGCUGAUGAUGAAAACUCCGGCAAUUUUAAUGGUGAUGAAAACAGCGGUGAUGUUGAUGCUGAUGAGAAUAGUGACCGCGGUAGUGUUAUUAUUGCAGAUGAUGAUGAUGAUGGUGACUAUGAUGGUGGUAGUGUCGUUGCAGAUGAUGACGAUGGUGGCAGUGUUGUUGCAUAUGAUGACGAUGGUGGUAGUGUUGUUGCUGCAGAUGAUGACCAUGGUAGCAGUGUUGUUGCAGAUAAUGACGAUGGUGGUAGUGUUGUUGCAGAUGAUGACCAUGGUGGUAGUGUUACUGCAGAUGAUGACCAUGGUGGUAGUGCUGCUGCAGAUGAUGACCAUGGUGGUAGUGCUGCUGCAGAUGAUGACCAUGGUGGUAGUGUUAUAGCAGAUGAUGACGAUGGUGGUAGUGCUGCUGCAGAUGAUGAUGAUGAUGAUGGUGGUAGUGUUACUGCAGAUGAUGACCAUGGUGGUAGUGUUACUGCAGAUGAUGACGAUGGUGGUAGUGUUGGCUCAGGUGAUGACGACCCAGAACCAGAGGAUCGUUCGGAUCAUGCAGUAGUUAGCUCCCCUAAAACCCAAUCACGGGAAUUGUAA